AUGUUCUCUUUGAAGAUCCCCCGUGGGGGCUUCCUCAUCUCCCUCUGCAGGACCCAGCUCUGGCCUCCAACCCCCCAAAGGCAGCAGGGGGCACCCCUAGUCCACCACCAGCUGCAGAGAGAGGUUAGAGCGGCCCCACCCUCCCCAGUCCUGGGCUCCUGGGAACAGAGUGAAGGAGACACAGGCGCCCAGAGCUCCUGCAGGCAGGGGGUGACCUGGCAGCUCUGCAUCCCUGUUGGGUGCUCCCUGGUCCUGAGUGUCCCAGCCAGCCUGGGGGUGCCCGAGUCUGGGGUCCCUCAGGAUCUGGAACCCUGGGAUCCUGGGUUACCUCAGGCACCUUUUCUCAACCUAAGUUGGAGGUUCUGUAGUUUUUUCUGUGUGUGUUUCCAGUUCCCUAAAUAA